AAAUGGAGUUGAAGUCAUAUACUUCUCUCCAUUUUGUGUGUUCUGUUCUUCAUCUUCUUCUCCUGAAAUUCUCUCCAUUUUCUUUGAUAAAAAUCUGAACAUGGUAUCAGAGCCUUUCAUGAUCUUUGAGGGCUUGUGUGAGAGAGAUUUGAGGAAGAUUUAUCAUGCUGAAGAUGCUGGUUUGAUGAUGUUUUAUGUUGCUGAAAAUGCAAGUUGCAAAACCUCCAAAAUUUGUUUGAGGCACAAAACCCAAAGAAGGAAAGCUGCAAUGAAGGAGGAGCUGAGGUUGUUUGAGAAGGGUGGUACAUGGCUGUGAAAAAAAAAUGGUGAAAACCAAGCACAAGAUGGAUGGCAAAGGGCUAAUCCCAGGUGCUUAGGCAUAAAUCUAUUGUUGUUUUGAUUUUACAGCUUUAACACCAAGGAGGAGUGUUGGAGCUGUGGUGUUCAAGCUGCAAAAGUAGCAGCAAAUGAAAAUGAAAGGCUGCACAAAAUGGCAGCAAAAUGAAGGGAGAGCUGCACCAAUAGGACGGUAGCAGCAAAGUGUAGCAAUUUAGCUGCAAAUAUGGUGAAAAUGAAGCUGUCAAAUGACAGCAAAAAUGUGCAGCAAGCUAAGCUACAAUGUUGAUGAAAUGAGGCUGCAAUGAACAGCAAAUUAAAUG